AUUUCUUUCAUGACUAACAGCGUGGAGCAUUUUUAAUGUGUACUAAUUGGCCAUCGUAACUGCCUUUUAGCAUGAUCUGUUAAAGUUAUUUGCUUGUUAAUUGAAAUGAUUUUUAUUUGUUUGUGUUUUUUUCCUUUAUUUUAUGAGACAUUCUGAGUAUUAACUUGUCAUACUACAAAUAGCUAGCUAAUAUAUUUAACUGCUCAAUAGGCUCUUUCUUCAUACUUAAUUUUUAAGAUUUCCGUGCAUGCUCUUUAUAGCAUGUGUCUUUUUUGUCAGUUUCACUGUUAGAGCUUAUACAUGAAAGUCUGUGAUUCAUUGUACAGUGGGAGAGAACCAACCCAGUUUCAUAUUUUCUGUCUGGGUACAUGCUUUCCCAUCACUAUUGGUUGGUGAAGUUGCUUAUCAUGAAACUUGCACGUCUUAUUUUGGUGAUAUUCACAUGGUCACUGCUCUGGUUCUGUUUCUGGAUCUGCUGCUCUGUUGCAUAGGGCUGUAUAUCUACUCUUGUGACACUUCCCUGUUCUGCUGGUCCUGUGACUCUGCAGUGUGAUCUGGAAUCACAGGUGGGAUAACUCCAGCUCUGCUCUACAUACCUGGCUUGUUCUGUACUUUCACAUUCUUUGUGUUUCCCUGUACUAAAUGUACAUUUAGUCUUCUAUUUUUGUGAGUACUGUUUAAUGUAUUGUGUGUGUCAUAGCUAAUCACCUUAUUCCCCCUCUUCUGUUGAGUUCCCUGGGAUUUGUACCAGGUCAUAUGGAUUUCCUCUUCAUGGCCGUCAGCAGUCAUGCAUUCUCUGUAUGUGACCAGUUAGGAGUCUCUGAAAUAACUGUUACCCAUUGCAAAUAAAAGUUGUCUGACCCAGGCUGACAGCUGCACCAGGCUAUGGUGUGACCAGAACUAGGUAAAAGCAGUUUGAGUAUUUCUACAUGUAGCAAAAUGUCAUGAGUGGAUUCCCUCCUAUGGCCUGUCACUCUCCUAGUCAUAGGCUCUUGGCCACGUUUCCAGUACAUUGUACUUAUUUCCUUCUCUGGAACUGGCCAAAAAUUUAAACAGAAAGCAUUUUUUUUUUUAAUUUAUUUAUUAUGUACACAGAAAAGGGUACCGGAUCUCAUUACAGAUGGUUAUGAGCCACCAUGUGGGUGCUGGGAAUUGAACUCAGGACCUCUGGAAGAAUAGUCGGUGCUCUUAACCUCUGAGCCAUCUCUCCAGCCCUAACAGAGAGCAUUUCAUUACACAGAAAACUGUCUUCACACUAUGACACCGCUUUAGGAAACCAGAAGGAAAAAACCAUCAAACUGUGAUACAGGAGACAGCUCUUCUGUGCAGUGCUGACACACACAGUUGGUAGAUGUCUAAAAUCUGAAUCCAAGUUCAGUGAAACACAGAGUGUUAUAUCCUUCUGUUCCCAUGUGAGUUUCCAAACCUUCCUCAUAUCCCACCAAUCCAGAGAGACAUAGAUUCUGACUGGCUGUCUUAAAUUAUUUAAUAGAGUUUUCUGAAUAAACUCAUACGCAGAAAAUUUUCCUAAGGAGCAAAAUAUACCAGAAGUCAUUUAUAGUUCUGAGGUUCAAGGAGAGACAUUGGUUACAGACUAUACAUAGUAGGACAACACAAGGGUGCUGAGCAGACAGUUGCUGAUCUGUCCUGGUAGCUCUGAACUGCUGUGCUACAUCAGGGGAUUAACCAAAGUCUCUCAAAGGCUGGUGGUGUGGCACAGGUGGCCCAUAUCUAGGUAAGGUCAUUGAUGACUUUUCUUGCCCACUAGCUUUCACAGUACAUUUUGGCACUUUGAAUGCUAUCAUCAGGGAAUCUAAGAUAUUUCUUAGACACUAUACUGGUCUUAGUGGUCUGCUAUUUUCUCUUCCUCAUCUUGUUGAUAUGUAAAACACCAGCUGAUAUAGAGCAUGGGUUUUAUGGCUCAUUUCAAAGAUUAUCAGAGCUGAGCUUUUUCAUGGGAUAUUUUUGAUUUCUGAAGUUGAGAAUUGUAUUUCUUACAAUUUGGAGUAAGUUGCUACCCGACCUCUGUUAACUCCUUUAAUUUGAAUAUUUUCUCUUUCCUUUUUGUUCUGGGUGCAAUUGGUGCACUGUGCUGAGUUAGUGUGGACAGAAUAGACACCUCGUCCCUGUCCUGAGGAGAUUGGAAUUUUUCCAGUUUUCCUCAUUUAACAAAAUGUUGGGUUUAGGUUUGUGGCUUCUAGUUUUUAUAAUGCUGAGGCAUGUUUCUCCUAUUCCCAGAUUCUUCAGAUCUUUGAUAACAAGCAAAUGUGAAAAUUUCCCACAGGUGUUUGAUGGAUAUAUUGACAUGAUCAUGUUCCUUCUAUUACAGUCUAGAUAUUUGCUGUCUUACAUUGAUAGAUCUAUACAUGUUGGAACAGUCUUGUGUCCCUCAGCGUGGGAGGAUAAUAUUGGUGGUUUCUGCAACCUUCGAAGGGAUGUCUACCGUUUGCAGUAGUUUGCAUUCCCAACAGGAAUUAGAAUAAGGAUCCACUUUGCCAUUUCCUCAAAUGCAUUCCUGGGCAUCUGAUUAUAUUUGUUGUUUAUUAUUAUUUGGGGGGGAUACUCAUUAUAUAACUGUUGUGAAAAUAGGUAUGUAUAUGAGGCUAGCAGCAAAUUACAGAGUUACUCUGUGGUUCUGCCUAAGAGCCUCCUUCCCCCCUCUCUGUUUUUGGUAUUUUUAUCUUAUUUUAUGUAUACAUUCGUUUUGGCAACAUGUAUGUCUGUGUGCCUGGUGCCUCUGGAGGCCACAAGAGGACAUUGGGUCCUGUAGGAGAGUGGUUAUGGAUUGUUGUGAGUCUGAAUGAUGGUCCUAGGAUUUUAACCCAGGUGGUCUGGAAAAGCAGUAAGUGCUCUUAAUUACUGCGCCAUCUCUCCAGCCAUUUGUUUUCUUCGUGUUAGCCACUCUGGCUAGGGUGAGAUGGAGUAUCAGUUAUGUUCAAGUUUGUAAUUCUGUCAUAGUUGAAAACUAUGAACACAUUUUACAAUAUUUUGGGGGCUUUAUGGGUCUUUUAAGUGACUGUAAAUGCAAUAUUAUCCUAAUUUAUUUCUCAACCUGCUCAUUAUUGCCAUAUUCUAAACUGUUGAUUUGUGUAUGAUAAUUCUUUAUUCUUCAAUAUUACUAAGGCAUUUGUCAAGUAUAAAAGUUUUUGGUGGUAUCUUCAGGUAGGUUCUAUAUGCAAUCACACCAUUGUUGAAAAGGUUGAGUUAAAUGUCUUCCUUUUCUACUGUAUCUCUUUGUUUCAUUGUCUGUUUCGAAUGUCUAUAGCUAGUUCUGUUAUUAUUAUUGCUACCUGUGUAUGGGUGGGUGGUUGUUCUGCAUGUAUGUCUGUGCACCACACAUGUGCAGUGUCCAAAGCGGCUAGAAGAGGGCAUGGGAUCCCCUGGAACUAGAGUUACAGACAGUUUUAUGAGCUGCCAUUUGGUUGCUGCUCUAGAACCCCAGUCCUCUGGAAGAACAGCCAGUGCUCCUGACCACCAAGCCUCACUCCAUCCCCUCUAGCUAGUGUAAAAAUCUACCUUAAAUAAGACUGGAGAGAAUGUGUAUAAAGGAAGACAUGGAAGAAAGAAGCUUUUGCUCCUUGUCUACUUGCCCCCGCCUUGCUAGCAAAUCUAUUCCUUACUGUCAUAGAUGUAGGCAUAGAGCCUACAUCCUUGUGAUUCUAGCAUAUACCGAAGACCAGCUGAGACAUCCAGUCUUUGUUGAUUCUAAGGUUUUUUUGCUCAUAGUCAGCCUUUGUUGGAUUAACUGGAUUGCAGCCUAUAAGUCUUCUAAUAAAUCCCAUGUCUCUCUAUAUGUAGAGAGAUUCAUUCUGUAAGUUCUGCUCUCUAGAGAACCCUCAUUAAUACAAUAUACCAUUCCUAUGUCCUCUGGUUUCUGCUUGGUAGGAUUAGUGAAGCUAUUGAAUUAUGUCUGUUUCCUUCAUCAAAGUUGAGAAUUUCUCACCAUUGCUUCAUAGUGUAGAUGUCACAGCUACAAGCUGUUUUUCUUUUUAUUGUCUUAAUUGUGUUGGUGAUAGUAUUAAUAUCCUAAUUUAGUUGUCAUAAUGCUUAACUCAUUGAGCAUCAUUUGAAUUCUUGGUGUAAUUGAUAAAUAUCCAUGGUUGUUUCUGAGAGAAUUUGGUAUUUUAUUUACCUAUGUUCUCCGUACACUUUCUCAACUAUUGUUUAAAAUUGAUCAUUUAAGAAAUUUGGCCACUGUCUGUUAUUUCAAUAUGAUGGAAAAGAGUAGAGCAGUUCGCCUGAAUCCUGAGGGAUGUACAUAGCAUCGGUCUAUUCCAUGACCAGAUAUGAUCAGAUGGAAUGAAGUUGGUUUUAAGUUUCAUCUACUCUCCCAUUGUCACUCUAUAACAUUGGAGCAUUUGCUAGGUAAGAAACCAUCCGAAUGUGCAUUGCCUACCAAGAAAACUAUUUGAGAUGCUAUAAAUACGAUUGAUGUGAUACAUAUGUAUAUCUACAUAUAAUGAUGCCAUGGUUAUGAAAACAUUGUUUAAUAAUAGUAUGCAAAUAUUCAGAAUGACUCAUGACACAUGGAUGAACAUAAGACAUAUGUGUGUGUAAAUGUCUAUUUAUCUAUCAUCUAUCUAAUCUAUCUAUAGAAAGAAUUAUAUACAUACACACACAUAUGUAAAAUUAACCUCCUAGGCAUUUAUUUCAAUUUCACUUUCUCAAUUAUCAUUCAUUCUCCCUUAGCUAUCUAUCAUUCACUGUGUACUUCUGACCUUUUCAGCUUGUACUCCAUAAAAUCUCCUUGUUAUUCUUCUGUGCUCCUGGAAUCUCUUUCAGACAGGGUUUGCUUAUUUCUAAAUUAUUAAACGUCACUCAUCUGCACAUGGAUAAUCAAUCAUUUUCCCAGCACAGAGUGUUCAAAGGGCUCUCUCUUUCCUGGGUUUGUUGUUGACAUAUGUAGCUUAUAUGAUCUCUCUGGUAUAUGUUCAUUUCUAUGUUCCCUGUUCUAGUCAAUUUUCUUCAUGGUUCUUUAUGUGCGGGAUCAUGCUGUCUUUGCCUUGUGCCUCUGAGUUAUGAUGUAUGAUCAGAUCUUGUGAUACCCCCAGGAAUACCCUUUCUUAGGAUUAAUUUUGAUACAUGUGACUUUUCUGUGUCCAUGUGACUGUUUCCUUAUCUACUUUUGUGAAAAAUAUCAGUAUUUGGCUGAUGGAGAUUGCUUCGAAUCCACUGGUUGCUGUUAGUAAUAUUUUCACCAUGGCUUUUAGAGAGUUUGGAUAGGUCCAUUUCCUUGUGUACUCUUAUUUUUCAUUUCUUUUUCCCCCUGAAUACCUUAGGGAUUUCUUCAUAAAAGUAAAGUCAUCAUUACUUAGUCUUAUUCCUAGAUCUUUUUAAUGCAACCUAAAUGGGUUUAAUUUCUAAUUUACUUCUAAAAUUGUCAUCAUUGACAUAUAGGAAAACUAGUCAUUUUGUGUGUUAGUUUUGUAUUUUUUCAAAAAUAGCUAAAACACUUAUCAAGUCUGAGGUUUCCCCCUGGAGUAUGUGAAGACCUUUUUGUGUGAUUGUGUAUAAUCAUUAAAAAGGAAUUUGGUGCCUUUCUCUCCUCUGUGUUUCUCCUUUCUCUCCUUGUCUUAUUCAAAUGUCUCUGGCCCACUCUCAUUUCUCUGGAUUAAGUGAGACUGGAGAGCACAUGCAUCUUUCUUUCUUACCGUUUUCCUGCUAAUGCCUGUCAAUUUUCUCUGUAGUGUACUGUUGACCUAGGUGUAACAUACAUGCCCUUUACGUGAUGAGCCAGGUUACAUUUUUUUCCCCUAGUACCUUUAGGAGUUUAUCACAAAAUCUUGUUGAACUGUGUCUUUUGAUAUUUCCAUUUCUAUUGAGAUUUUCAUAUCACAGGGCUUUUAUUUGUUAUGUUUUUUUUUAAUAUUGUAGUUGGUAAAGUUACUAUUAGUAUUUUUCAGUUUUCUAGUAAGAAAUAGUGUUUUGCUGGUUUUAUGUGUUGGCCAUGGUCUGUUAUUCCUCCGCUCUCCUCUAUCUAUUCCUUAUGUAAAAUGUCUUAUUUCCUGUGUCCUUGUGGAUAACUUCUCUCUGAUUUUUUAAAGUAUAAUUUGCCUCUAAUUAUGAUCUGCAGUGCUGCCUGAGUGGAUGACCUUUGUUAUUUCACAACUUUCUUCAAGUACACUUCUCUAUGGAUUUUAAGAGCCAGUGUUUCUGAGUGCAGUGACAUGGUUCACAGUUACUUUCUCUCAGCACUCCAAAUAAGAAUUCCAGUCUUUGUUCCUGAGACAGAAACUCAGAGAAGAGCAACAGGGAGAAUGGCCGCUUCUCCGAUAAAUGUGCCCCAGGAUCCAUUGACAUUCAGGGAUGUGACUGUGGACCUGUCCCAGGAGGAGUGGGAAUGUUUAGACUGUGCUCAGAGAACUUUGUACAUGGAUGUGAUGUUGGAGAAUUACAGCAAUCUAGUCUUUGUAGAGAACCAUCAUAUAUGUGGAAAAUAUAAGAAAUUCCUGGAUCAAGGCUCAAAGCAUAUUGUCCAUCAGCAUGUGAAUAUCCAAGAGAAGUCUUAUAAAUGUAGUGAGCUUGGCAAAAUAAUUCAUAAAUCCUUCCAAUAUUCAACUUAUGACACAAGUGAUACUGCAGAAGACUACAUUAAGUACAGAUAUGGUAACCACAAGGGUGCUUCUAUUGAGUCAUCAGUCAUAAAGAGGCAUAAAAAUGGGGACUCUGGAGAAGAACCUUGCAAAUUUAAAGACUGUGUGAAUUGUUUAAAUUUGUUUCCCAUCAGUCAAAAUCAAAGAAACCACUCGAACUUCAGUAUACACCAGAAAAAUCAUUCUGGAGAGAAACCUCACCAAUGUAAAGCCUGUGACAAGUGCUUUUAUCAGUUGUAUCAGGUUAAAUACCAUUACAAAACUCAUACUGGAGAGAGACCUUACAAAUGCAGUGAAUGUCACAAACGCUUCAGUCAGCUGACACACCUAAGAAGCCAUCAGACAAUUCAUACAGGGGAGAAACAUUACAAAUGUAAUGAAUGUGGCAAAAGAUUUAGCCGACUGACAUACCUAAGAACCCAUCAGCGAAUUCAUACUGGAGAAAAACCUUACAAAUGUAGUGAAUGUGACAAAUGCUUCAUCCAGAAAGCCCAACUUACAAUACAUCAGAGAAUUCAUACGGGAGAAAAACCUUACAAAUGCAGUGAAUGUGAGAAAUCCUUUACAUGUUGCUCAGGUCUUAGAAAACAUCAGCGAAUUCAUACUGGAGAGAAACCUUACAAAUGUAGUGAAUGUAAGAAAUCCUUUACUAGUGGCUCAGAUCUUAGAAGACAUCAGAAGAUUCAUACUGGAGAGAAACCUUACAAAUGCAGUGAAUGUGACAAAUGCUUUAUUCAGAAAGUCCAACUUAGAAUACAUCAGAGAAUUCAUACGGGAGAGGAACCUUACAAAUGCAGGGAAUGUGUCAAAGUCUUUACCCACCUCUCAGGUCUAAGAAAACAUCAGAAAAUUCAUAGUAGGGAAGGAAAGUUUCCAUUAGUAAAUAAUGUGGCACAUGCUUUAUCCAAGUUCUCUUCGUUCCUAGUACCAUCCAUGUAUUUCUUUCUGUGGAGCCAGCUUCAGAUGAAACCAGAAGGCCUUCUGUUACCCACAAAAUGGUCUUGCCACUAUGACACCUUGCCUGGCAGAAUUCCAGUUUUUGGUCCAGGGACAGGAACUCAGAGACGAACAACAAGAACAAUGAAUGCUUCUCUGGUAAAUGCUCCCGAGAGUCUGUUAUCAUUCAGGGAAGUGGCUGUGGACCUCUCACAGGAGGAAUGGGAAUGUCUAGAUUGUGCUCAAAAGGCAUUGUACAUGGAUGUAAUGUUGGAGAAUUACAACAAUCUAGUCUUUCUAGGUAAAAAUCAAAGAGUCCACACAGGAAAGAAAGAACACAAAAAUACAGAGCUUGAUAAAUCUUUUGACUCUGAACAUGGACUCACACUGAAACGUACCAAUAGUGAAAAGAAACCACACGAAAGCUGGAAAUGUGGAAACUGCUUCAAGACAGACUCAAGCCUUAGUAGACAUCAGAGAGCUCAUAGUAGACAGAAACCUUAUAAAUGUACAAAAUGUAGUAAAUCCUUUACACAUUUGUCACAAUUCAAAGUACAUUGCAAUUUCCAUUGUGGAGAAAAACCCAACGAAUGUACAGACUGUCCUAAGUGUUUUUACAAGACAUCAGAAUUUAAAAGACAUUGCAGAAUACAUUCUGGAGAGAAUACUUACAAAUAUAGUGAAUGUGACAAAUCCUUUCGUCGACAAAACCAUCUUAGAGCUCAUCAGAAAAUUCAUACAGGAGAGACACCUUACAAAUGCAGUGACUGUGAUAAAUCCUAUAAACAGAGAAGCAGUCUUAGAGUUCAUCAAAGAAUACAUACAGGAGAGAAACCUUACAAAUGUAUUGAAUGUGACAAAUCCUUUACCACUGCCUCACAUCUUAGAACUCAUCAGAGAAUUCAUACAGGAGAGAAACCUUACAAAUGUAGUGAAUGUGACAAAUCAUUUGCCCAGAAAGCCAAUCUUAGAACUCACCAGAGAAUUCAUAUAGGAGAGAAACCUUACAAAUGUAGUGAGUGUGACAAAUCUUUUACCAGUGGCUCAUCCUUUAAAUUGCAUCAGAGUAUUCAUAGAGGAGAGAAACCUUACAAAUGCAGUGAAUGUGACAAAUCCUUUACACACAAAGUCAGUCUUAGAGCUCAUCAGAGCAUGCAUACAGGAGAGCAACUUUACAAAUGUAUUGAAUGUGACAAAUCCUUUUUUCAUAAAUCUUUUCUUACAAUUCAUCAGAGAAUUCAUACAGGAGAGAAACCUUACAAAUGCAGUGAAUGUGACAAAUCCUUUAUCACAAAAGACCAUCUUAGAAGUCAUCAGAGAACUCAUACAGGUGAGAAACCUUAUAAAUGCAGUGAAUGUGACAAAUCCUUUUCCCAUAAAAGCAAUAUUAGAAUUCAUCAGGCAAUUCACACAGGAGAGAAACCUUACAAAUGCAGUGAAUGUGACAAAUCCUUUGUCCACAAAGACUAUCUUAGAACGCAUCAGAGAAUUCACACGGGAGAGAAACCUUACAAAUGCAGUGAAUGUGACAAAUCCUUUAUCCAUAAAGACUAUCUUAGAACUCACCAAGUGAUUCAUACAGGAGAGAAACCUUACAAGUGCAAUGAGUGUGACAAAUCCUUUACCAGGGUAUUCAGUCUUAGAAUUCAUCAGAGACGACAUAGAGGAGAAAAUCCUUACAAAUGUAGUGACUGUGACAAAUCUUUUGCUCGGAAUGGCCAUCUUAGAGCUCAUCAGAGAACUCAUACAUUAGAGACACCUUACAAAUGCAGUGAAUGUGAUAAAUCCUUUACACAAAGAGACCGUCUUACAGCUCACCAGAGAACGCAUACAGGAGAAAAACCUUACAAGUGUAUUGAAUGUGACAAAUCCUUUACCAGUGCCUCACAACUUAGACUUCAUCAGAGAAUUCAUACGGGAGAGAGACCUUAUAAAUGUAGUGAAUGUGACAAAUCCUUUUUCCAUAAACACAACCUCAGCUCUCAUCAAAGAUUUCAUACAGGAGAGAACCUUACAAAUGUGGUGAAUGUGACAAAUCCUUUCCCCGGAAAGACCAUCUUAAAAGUCACCAGAAAAUUCAUGCAAGAGAGAAAUCUUAGAAAUUUAGUGAGUGUGACAAAUCUUCUAGCAAGAAAGCCCAUCCUGCCGGGCGGUGGUGGCGCACGCCUUUAAUCCCAGCACUCGGGAGGCAGAGGCAGGCGGAUCUCUGUGAGUUCGAGGCCAACCUGGGCUACCAAGUGAGUCCCAGGAAAGGCGCAAAGCUACACAGAGAAACCCUAUCUCGAAAAACCAAAAAAAAAAAAAAAAAAAAGCCCAUCUUAGACCUCAGUAGAGAACUCAUACAGUUGAGAAACCUUGCCAAUGUAGGGAAUGUGACAGAUCUUUUAUCAGUUGCUCAGAUCAUAGAAAACAUUAGAGAUUCUAUACAGGAGAGAAACCCUUCAUGUGUACUACAUGUCAAAAAUUCUUUAUCAGUUCCCCCAUGUCUUAGAAGACAUUAGAUUAUUCAUGAACAAGAAACCUUACCAAUAUAUAAAAUGUAAUCAAAAGAGUGUCAGUUACUAGGCCCUCAAGCUGAAUCCAGGUGGGCCUAUGAGGAAGUACAUUAUGUGCUUGCUUGGUAACUUGUUUGAGCCAAUUUCCUCAACUAUAGGGCCUGCCCCACUACUUAUCCACCCUUUUAUUUUAUUACAUGUGUGCUCAGCAGCAGUCAGAGUUAUAUGCCCUGGCUGUCUUUACCUUGCCUUGGAUGCUCAGCAAUUAGAUUGUGCCUGUCUUAGAUUGGCUUGCCAAACAAGCACUUACCUGUCUUUGACUCUCAGCCCUCAAAGAGUGUUCAUCCCUGGGGAGUCUCCCCAAGUGGGGAGGAUCAGUAAGCAGCCUUAUCAGUUUCAGAAAGCUAGGCAUGCACAACCAGCGAUGGAGGGCUAUGAUGGUGGAGGGCUAUGAUUUGGAUGCCUAAGAGCCUUUGACACCUGUAGAGUCCCCUUAGUGUCUGCCCAUUGCCGGAUGUGCUGUAAGAGACUGUUAAAAAGGAGAAAGCUUAAAAUCACCACCCUGCCAAUCAAAACACGAGUUAAAAUCCAGAAGGGAUCUAGCAGUCUUUUUAUGUCAUGCCAAACCCUUUCAAGAAAUAAAGAGUCAAAGGCCAUAACCUCUGUCCUUUUCUGACUUAAUAGGAAAAUUUCAUGUGUUAGCUGUCCACCUUGACUGGGAAGGCUUCUAUGGGCCUAUGGCCUGACAGUGGUACAGGCUGUGAGGGUUGUAAGACUCUUGGCCCUGUGGAAGACUAUUUACCUCCUGAGGGAGGCAUGUAGUGGGGUAUCUUACCCCAAGAAUACCUUGAUGGUGGCAUAGGUGCCUGCACUGGUGUUAGACCAGAGAGGGAAACAGUACAUGACUUAAUAAUUACAGCUGCUUUCUCCUUUACAGAUUUUGCAGGGCCCAAAAUGACUUUCUCCUCAUCAUUUGGAUGUUGUAGAGAUAUCUGACAUAGUGAUGUUUGUGUAGAAAAGAUUACCCAUCUUUUAUAGAGAAACAGCAAGCAAACAACAGAGAGAAGAUGACCAUUAACAAGUAUGAAAAUUUGUAUCACACCCUUGUCUUAUGCUUAGUGGGGCACUUCUGUAGCUUUUUAGUCCUCAGACCUUAUGCCCACAAGAUGUCUCCAGGCACCCCUCAUUGGUUGUCCAGUCAUUUUGUGGAGGUUCUAGAUGAAAGCAAACAGAAAAAAAAUGUGCCUCCCUAAUGGGACAGGCAGGCAAACAUGACAGACAACACAAAAGAAGGAAAGAAAUGGGAGUCCCAAUGCUUCCUUGCUGAACAGACCAAAAGAUCACAACACUGAGGGCCCUUCAACCGAAACACACUAUCUUGGGGUCUGGCUGUCAAGCACCAUGAGUGAAGGGAGGGAGACGAUAAGAAUCUGUCUCAGGGGGGUUGGUGAGAUGGCUUAGUGCUUAAGAACACUGGCUGUUCUUCCAGAGGUCCUGAGUUCAAUUCCCAGCACCCACAUGGUGGCUCACAACCAUCUGUAAUGAGAUCUGGCUCCCUCUUCUGGCCUGCAGAAAUACAUGCAAACAGAACAUUGUAUACAUAAUAAAUAAAUAAA